AAGAUAUGUUAGAGUUCGACUGUAGGUAUAGCGUGAAUCAUUUGUUAGGGUUUCAGAGCACCCAAUUGGGCAAACCGAGAAAUGGCUGGAAAUAUGGAGGAUACAAGAUGGUCUCUUCGCGGAAUGACUGCUCUGGUCCCCGGUGGAACAAAAGGAAUCGGAUGUGCAAUAGUGGAGGAAUUGGCAGGAUUGGGCGCAAGCGUGCAUACAUGUUCUCGAAAUGAAGCAGAGCUUGACAAAUGCUUAGGAGAAUGGGAGAGCAAGGGUUUUCGAGUCACAGGUUCAGUCUGUGAUGUAACAUCUCGAACCCAAAGAGAAACUCUAAUCACCAAAGUUUCAUCUUUGUUCAAUGGAAAACUUGACAUCCUGAUAAACAAUGUCGCGACGACGAUAUGGAAGCCAACUGUAGAGUUCACAGCAGAUGAUUUCUCAUCUAUGAUGAGCACCAAUGUUGAAUCCCCUUAUCACAUGUGCCAACUUACACAUCCUCUUCUCAAAUGUUCAGGAAGAGCAAGCAUUGUUUUUAUAUCUUCUGUUGCUGGUGUAUUAGCUGUAUAUAUUUCUGGAUCUGGAUCCAUAUAUUCCGCAACUAAAGGAGCAGUGAACCAACUUACAAAGAAUUUGGCAUGUGAGUGGGCGAAGGACAAUAUAAGAGUUAAUGCUGUUGCUCCCUGGUUCAUUCGUACAGAGCUCGUCGACAAAACUUUAUUUGGUGAUGAAAAAGUAGUGGAGGCUAUAAUCUCUCGAACUCCAAUGGGUCGCGCUGGAGAGCCCAAAGAAGUCUCUUCUUUAGUUGCAUUCCUAUGUCUACCUGCAGCAUCUUAUAUGACUGGACAAACUAUUUGUGUCGAUGGAGGGGCAACCGUAAAUGGCUUCUCAUUCCCAUAAACAUUGGCCUCAAGGUACAUUGAGGCAUACCACAUCUAGGGAUCACCUUUAGAUGCUCAUAUCUGUAUGUGUGGGUGGAUCUAUAUCUGCCAAGGACUAAUUUCCAGCAUAACAUUUGUGCAAUGAUUCCCUUAUGCCUGUCUGUCGCAUCGCCUUAACUUGUGUUAGCAUGUCUAUUUGUGAUGGCGAAAUGGAGGGAUUGUUCCAUCCCAUGUUUGUGCCAUGUAAAAUAUUGUGUGUUUUGGCCAAGGGACUAAAAUAAUUUAAUGAAUGAAGAUAAGUCUCCCACCUCCUUCUCUGAAA